AUGGAGUUAAUCUAGCUUGAAUUAGCAUUAUUUCCUUUAGUUUAAAGAAAAAUAAUCGAUAAAACUAUAGGAAGGAAAUUGAUUCUAAUUUUGUAAUGGGGUGAUAAGUAAUUUCUAGGUAUUGAAAAAAAGUAUGAAAAUGUACUUUCUUUAGGGGUCAAGUAAGUAGUAAGAAGAGAUAGAGGUAUGGAGACAUCCAAGAUUUUUAUAUCGGUACAAUGCGAUAGUAUAUGUAUUUAGAAUAGUAAAUGUUUCUUUAUAUUAAUGGAAUGAUCUUCAGCUUUGAGGGUGUUAGGCAUUUCAUAACACUUAAAAGAUAGUGAAGAUGUACUUUCAAAAAGGUCAAUUGUAGUGGUUGAAUAAAGUCUCUAAUCAUAAAUGAUAGAGAGUAUCACUGGUAAUCUUAUUGUUUACGCUCCAUCAAAAAUGGUGUGA